UUUUCCAAUGUUUCUAAAACUCCUUCAACACAGCAAUAUAGAAAUAUUUGCUUUAAAAACAAAAUACAUAAAAAAUCCAAAAUGUCAGUCAGUGAGAAAUACUAAGGAGCUCUGCCUUUAAAUUUCAAGUUGCUGUGAAAUACUCUGAGUCAUCAUUGGCUCUUAGACAACAUCUGAUUUUUUUCUUGAUUAAUUGAUUAUUAGUCAACUAAUUUAACAAUCAAAUCUAAUUGUUACUUGAGUAACAGUACUAAGACGGUUAACCAUGCCAUGUGCUGGAAGAAUGACCUACGGUAGUAGUUUAUAAAGUAUAAACAUUUGUCUAAACAUGAAAUACACACAAUUUUAAAAAUGAAAGUGAUUAUUUUUAUAAUAUAUUUAACAUAUGACAUGUAUAGGGGUGUAGAUUUUUUAAUUUUUGCCAUUUGCAAUUUAUUUAAGAUGAGUUUUUCUAUAAUCCAAAUGUUUAUUUAGAAAUAUCAUUCCAAAUAUCUUUUUAUUAAUCAAAAUGUCACUGUAAAAGACCAUAUAAACGUCAUUAUUCAUAUUAUUAUUAAAGUUUUUUUUAUUUCCCUGUGACUAAUAAGUAAACAGGCAUCUGCCAAUCAAAAUAAAUCAGAAAAAUAAAUUCCUAACAGGGUUUUAAUGGUCUUUGGCUUUGAUGACACACCUCUUGUACUUUAAUAUUUUUAAUUAAUGGGAUAAUCUCUUAUUUGCUUCACUUACUUUAGCCCCAGAUGUGAUAAGAUCAGCCAUUUUCUUCUUACAGUACCGCUGGUAUCAGUGGUUGUCAUGUAUAAUGCUAAUGAUAAAAUGCUAACUGUUCACUCUCCUAUAAUUUAAUAAAGUACCUUAGCCGCAUUAGCUACAGGUGGAUAAUGCCAUAGCCAUGCAGACUAAACCAGUUCCUACAGAGUUUUUUUUAAACAAGAAAAAGUUCAAAUUUUAUUAUUUGUCUGUAGAUUUUAUAAUUGCAAUAUUUAAUAUAAAAGAAAGAGUCGGUCUUUUAAUCUGUAUGAAUGCAUGAAGAAACUCUUUUUUUAAAAACUCCCGGUCUCUGCCUAUUAGUGUUUUACAAAAACCAUAUUACAUUCAGGAAUAAAUAUGACUUUCAUUUAGAUUUUCAGUCAGAAUCUUUGGGUUUUUGAAAGUUUUGCAUGCCAGUGUUGUGGUUACCUUGGAGCAAAGCAAUAAGCAUGUGUGUGUGUAUGUAUGUGUGUGUGUGUCACACAAAAUUUCCACACAAUCCCAUCAGGGCCAUGUGCAUGUCCUGACAGGCCUGAAAUUCACAGCUUGAUUCAGACUGGAUGUAGAUUAAUACAGAAAGCUCUCCCUCACGGAGGAUGAAACCAUAAUGGUGGCUUUGUUCCGAUUCCCCCAGCUAUGGCCAGACACAUUUGGUUUUCAUUGCAUUUAUGUAAAGCAUCUCGGUAUAGAGCUUUGAGAGGAUACCUCAAAUCAGACACGGCGAAAGUCAUCCAGAGGCCAAACGUUUCAGCCAAAUGGAGGAAGUUUAUUCCUGUUCCCUGCAUUAUACAUGUGUUCCGUAAUGGAGAUCUUCUGUGCCCACCUUUCCGGUUCAUCAUUCCCCGGAGCAUGCAGCAGGACUUGGAUCAGAUCCUGAGUCUGGUUACAGAGAAGGUCAGCUUACGGACUGGAGCUGUGCGCAGACUGUGCUCACUAGAGGGGGCUUCCAUCUCCUCAGCUGAGGAGCUGCAGACAGGCCGCUGCUAUGUUGCUGUGGGAACUGAAAGGUUCAAGAAACUUCCAUAUGUGGAGCUGCUGGUUUCCAAAACUAAACAAAGAAAUUAUCCUGAAAAGAGGAGACUGCUGAGGAGAACUGAGAACAGGAAAGCAGGAAGUGGGCCUGAGGACCGCCACAGUGACUCCGCCCUACUUAACUCCCCAGAGUCAGAUGGUCGGAGGGUGAAGUCGACCGGAGAUGAAGCUUUAGCUCCUCAGUCUUCGCAGCAGCUGAGCAGGAGAAAAGGAGCAGAUGAAGCUUCUGCAUUCUUCGCCAGACCCGUCAAAGUUCGCAAGAACAGAAAUCAAACCCGACCACCGCGCACCAAUGGAUCUGUUAAGCCAGGUGUGUUUGAAGGAGAAGAAAGGACAAACAGGGAGGAGGUCCGGGAUGCAGAGGAAGUGCAGGAGGAUGAGAAUACGGCGACAGAGCUUCCUGUUGAUCAGAGAGUUGCAGAAAUAGUUGAAGAUGAAGACUUAAAGACCUCAGAGGACCCUGUGCACAGCAUUCAGCAGAGACGUGCAGGAAAGAGUGAACAGCAUAACAGCAGCAACCAUCAACAGGAACCCAGUGGAAAGCAGGUAGAGCAUGUGAAAGCAUGUGAACAGGAAGAGGAGUCAGCAGCUCAGACUCUGGAGGCUGAGCUGAAGCCUGUGUCUUCAAAGUCAAGUUCAUCAUCAUCAUCAUCUCACUCAGAGGGAAAGGUCAAGGAAGAGCAGAAGAGCCUGCAGGAUGCAUCACCAGCUCGAUCCGGACAGAACCGGCAGGUCACAGUAUGACGCGUCACCGAAGAUCUCUUCCACAGUCCAGCUAGAUGGUUGGAAGUUUAUCUUUUUAUCCAUAGGACAGAUAUGUCAAAAAUAAACCAACAAAUCAUUCCCCAGAUUUAAAAAAUAAACUAUUUCUAAAAGGGAUGUUUAUUUUAACAUUUUAUUUACGCUUAUUUCAUCCUGUUUAACAGGAUUAAAUGCUGACAUUAUGUACAUGUAAAUAUAAGAAACUUUUAACCCUGUGUAGCUUAUUUUAAAGAAAAUACCCCAUAAAAAGCUGAUAUGAAAAUAGUUUUAUCCAGUGAUGUCUAAAUUAUGAUCCUAUACCUUUGAUAAGUAUUUUUUUAGCUGAUUUAAGUUUUACCCAACAAAAGGCUUCCUUUUUUUUUUAUUAGUUUUAGCUAGCUUCAAUUUAAGUGAAAUUUUGUUACACCAAGGCGUGACAUAAAUGAUCCUUUUCAUCAACCGUUCUCUAAUAGCUUAUUGUGUCGACAACAUCUUUGGAAAUUCCUCUCCCACGGAAGUAAAAACCAACCAGUAAAAACUAACAGCAACCAUUUUCUACGUGAGCGCCAUAAAUCUAGAGUGAACCCUACUUCAACCCUCUAUGUCUUCAGCAUCUUCUUCCUCUGGCAGGUCUUUUGAAGUCCAACAUGAGUAAAUCUAGGAGCGAUUCUCCCUGCAGGACAGUUUUCUGUAAACAGCUUCUGCCUAAAUCUUCACCCUCCUCCAGUCCAGCUGAAGAUGCAGCGUUGGUCCUCUUUUCUUUCCCGCUAAGUGAUCCCCUGGCAGCGCAGGUGAAUUUGCUUUAAUCUUGAUCUCCAUCAGAGCUGAUGCUGGCCCUGGUUCUGUCCGUCAGUAUCUUUGCUUUCAACGGAGCUUAUAACACACAGAGUGAUCCCAGCCAUAGUGAGGAGCAGCCCCAAAACAGCCCCUGCACAAUGAGAAGCAGGAGAAACAUUUUUAAUAAAAAACAGAAGAUGGAAAGUGAUAGAUGCUGCAUGUCGAUGAUGAAGGAUCCAGCAGAGAUCAUGACUCACGUUUGCCUCCUAUUUCUUCACCCAGCAACUUGCCAGUCAGCAGAGUGCAAAGGAAGGUGAGAGAGUUCGCCACAGGAACAGCAAAAGACAAAUCUGUGUCGGAAAAGAAACAUAGUGAAAUAUACAGAUUCUAGUUUGAUGAGAGAACCGGUGAUGGACGCCCUCCACAUGUCAGGUCUUUGUUAAAAGGAACUGGUUCAACAGAAACAAACAGCCACAUCUGAAUGAAUUAGAAUAUCAUCACGAUAGGAUUUUGUUAUUUCCCCUCCUCAGGAGGUUAUUUUUAUCUUUGAUGAUACGGAUGAUCCUAGCUAAUGAAAAAUGUAUUUAAAUCUCAGCCUCUUGGAAAAUGUGAAUCAGAUUAAAUAAAAAUCAUUGUUAAUAAAAUGAAAAUAUGUAGCUACUGAGCAGAAUGUCCAUGUAAUCCACUGUUUCUAUGUUU